AGGAGCUACAGCUGCACGUACACGUCGUGCACGUUUCCAUUCGUCAAGAUUGCUGCAGGCGGAGACUGUCAGAGUGCCCCAGAUGGCGGAAUCCAUUACCGAGGGAACGCUUAAGGUGUGGACGAAACAAGUUGGCGAUACUGUAGAGGCCGACGAGGAAGUAGCAACGAUUGAAACCGAUAAGGUGACCACCUGUUUUUCUGCAGAGGCGCAUUUAUUCAGUUUCACACAGAUUGAUGUGUCUGUGAAUGCUCCUCAAUCCGGGAAGAUUGUUGAACUCUUGGCUGCUGAGGAGGACACCGUGACUGUUGGUCAAGACCUGUUUGUACUUGAACCUGGGGAGGCAGGUGGUGCCGUUGCACCUCCGCCACCACCAAAGGAGGACACACCUAAAGCCCCUACAGAACCUAAAGGGCAACAGGCGGCGAAGCCUGCAGCCCCCGCACCCGAGAAGAAACCAUCAGAGCCCAAACAAGAACCUAAGAAGGAGCUCAAAAAGGGACCAGAACCACCCAAGCCUGCACCUACCGCAGGCAGCAGGAAUGAGACGAGGGUCAAAAUGAAUCGCAUGCGUCUGAGAAUCUCAGAGCGACUCAAGGAGUCGCAGAACACUGCGGCUUCGUUGACGACGUUCAACGAAAUUGAUAUGUCCUCGCUUAUCUCCAUGCGGGCCAAAUACAAGGAAUCUGUCUUGAAGGAGCAUGAUGUCAAGCUUGGGUUCAUGAGCGCGUUUGCAAAGGCGUCUGCAUUGGCACUGAAAGAAGUUCCGGUGGCAAACGCGUCUAUCGAGGGUGACGAGAUUGUAUACCGGGAUUACGUUGAUCUCAGUGUCGCCGUCGCUACACCAAAGGGUCUCGUUACACCUGUGGUCAGGAACGUGGAAACAAUGAACUUCUUGCAGAUUGAGAAGGAGAUUGCUGCACUGGGUAAGAAGGCGAGAGAUGGAAAGCUGACGCUUGAGGACAUGGCUGGAGGGACCUUCACGAUAUCUAACGGAGGUGUUUUCGGAUCCCUCUUUGGAACUCCCAUUAUUAAUCUUCCCCAGUCGGCUGUGCUUGGUAUGUACGCCGUGAAAGAGAAGCCCGUGGUCGUCGAUGGCCAGAUCGUUAUUCGCCCCAUUAUGGUCGUUGCAUUGACAUAUGACCAUCGUUUAUUGGAUGGUCGCGAAGCCGUUACAUUCCUUGUUAAAGUCCGUGACUACAUCGAAGACCCUAGGAAAAUGCUACUUGCCCCGUAAACGACGCCACUAAUGUACAUUCGGGACAGAAAAAGUGCGAUCUAAUGUUCUAAUGCAUUGUAUCUUUCCAUCCGAAAGCAGCACUUGGUCUGAAAUCGUAUUGAAUACCCAUUGGAAUUUUUGACUUUGCACCUUCUCUGUAACCCCAUAAUACUAUAUAAUGUUCUAUACGCCUACUGAUGAAAAUCAGAGGAAAACCAGAACUGCCUCUGAUGC